AUGGACGUGAUGUUUGCGGAAAACCACUCUGGAUACACAGAUUGGAGGCAAGUAGGACGAACUCACGGGCCGAGGCUGCGACGUCCUUGGAAUCGAAGUGACGCCGCAGAUAUGCAAGCCCAAGAGCGACAAGCCCGUGAUGCCAUAGGAAUGAACGCUGCUGGACGACGAGGCCCGCCAGAGGUCAAUCUCCAGCGGACGAUCGAGUCCAUCCUGGUCGGCAGUUCAUUCCAACGCAUCGACAGUCGCGUGAGUCGGAUGCUUCUGUCUUUCAAAACUCGCCACAACUCUGAGGCUGUCAAUCUUCCCAUGCCAUGA